AUUGACUAAAAUGACGAGUCUGCAUCUCUUUGGUGGGUCCAAACUGCGUUUUCUGAUCUACACUUCAUUUUUCUCGGGCACUGUAGUGUAUUACGGGGCCUUGAACAAACAGCAGAAAAGAAAAUUCCAUACCAACAAAGCUGGUAUUGGACGAUUUUUGCUGCUGUCUUUUGGUGGGAUGACAAUUAAGAGGGAUUAUAGAAAGAAUGUGAUUAAACUGUCAGAAGGAACAGAAGCCUACAACUUAGAACUGGAAAAAUUCCACGAGCGCACAGCAGAUUUGAUUUACAAAGCAGCUCUUCAAAAUAAAGGUCUAUACAUCAAAUUGGGCCAAGCAGUGGCUUCUAUGAAUCAUGUCUUCCCACCAGUUUACGUAGAAAAACUAUCUCAGCUGAAUGAUAUGGCUUUGGUAUCAAAAGAAGACGACCUAGAUCAGAUGUUCAUGGAAGACUUCAACCAAAGUCUGAACCAGAUGUUCAUCGAGUUCAAACGGGAGCCAAUAGCAUCUGCCAGCAUAGCUGAAGUAUUCGAGGGUAGAUUGAGAGACAGUGGGGAGAAAGUAGCUGUGAAGAUGCAGUUCAUUGAUUUACAAGACAGAUUUGCGGGUAAAUAUACGUAG